AUGUAUAAAGUUCCAUUCAUUCUUAUUUUAGUUAACUAUAAAGGAAGUCCUAUUUAAAUAUUGAAAAGUCCUGAAUGGAUAAAUCAAUAUAAUUAGUAUUUAGAAGUGUAUUGCAUUUAUUAUGAUGAUGUUGAAAAAAAAUCUAUUCAACUAAAUAAUAUCUAUUCCAACCAAGCAAUUUCAAAACUAGAAAGGCAGUAGAUGACCUUUUUUAUAUACUUAGAUUGAUAAAUCUUCAGAAUUAUCAAUCUAAGUAAAUAGAUUUCUUAUAUCUAAAUUAAGAUUAUCAAGGAAAUUUCUAAUAGCAAUGGAAAUGAAGAGAUUGAAAUUCAACAAUUAUUGGAUCUGGGUGAUUUUAAAGAUUCUUAAGCAUAAAUGACCGAUAAAAUAACCACAGAGAAAUAGCUGCUUACAAGGAAUAAGUUGAUGAGUAAGAAUUUGAAGAAGAAUAGCAAGAAAAUGUAGAUCCAGCAGCUCCAUAAAUCUAAAAAAUUGGUAUUUUUAAAAAAAAAUUACAGUAUGAAUAACUUCAGGAAGAUAUUGAGUUAAAGCAAGCAAUAUAUGUAUCCAAUUAUAACUCAAUAUGAUGAAAGAUAGAUCAAAAGAAAUUAGAUUAAAUUUCAGAAUAACUCGAAAACAACCUUUCAUUUUUGAU